AUGAAUCCAGUAGCCUCCUACCUUCAACAACCCACAAAUAGAAUAAUUCAAUCAUCUACUUCCAACCCUAUUGAAGAUCCUAUGAAUAAAUUAACUACAUUAAUGGAAGAGUUGGGAGUUUCAAUAAAAAAUAGUAAUAAUAGACCAAUAGAAACUUAUAAUGGAGGAAGAAAUAAUUUUC